AACCACCACAUUAAACUCACCAAGCUGGCUAGUACUCAGAUGGAGUCCCAGAGAACGCCCACUGUUCCACCAUGUCAAAAUGAGGAAGACGACCUAAAGAAUAAGGUAGCAAGAUUAGAAGACAUGAAAAUCCCUUAUGAACAUUUCAUACAGGGUAACUGGGAAGGCGUGAAGAAAUACUAUGAGAGGCAUCCGGCAAAAUUGCUCAGGCCAAUGACGCUGAACGGGAACAAUGUACUUCACCUUGCGGCUUCUUACAGCAGCAACUGUCAAAGAGACCUCAAAUUUCUUAUUGAUAUAUGCAGCGGUUCAACCAGCAACAUGAGUUGUUCUUUGAGGAUUCCGAAUAAUGAUGGAAACAAUGUUCUUCACCAGGUGGCUGUGUCCGGCAGUGUGGAAGCGGCUGAGUUCUUGGUGAACAAAUACAACGACCCUGUCCCAGACAUUUGUCAUACUGAUGAAGAGAAUGAUACGCAGCCGCUGCUGUGGACUCGGAACAAAUUAGGAGAAACUCCACUGUACAGAACGGCUGCUUUCGGUCACACUAAAUUGGUCAAGUUUUACUGUGACAAACUGAAGGCAGAAAGUCCGGACAAUCUAAUUAAGAAGCAGUUCAAGAGAUCUGACAAAAUCUCCAUUCUUCAUAUUGCUGUCAUCGCCCAACAUUUUGAGACUGCUUAUUGUUUGCUAAAGAGGUACAGGAAUCUAGGAAAAAAGAGAGACGCAGAAGGAUUGACAAGCCUUCAGUUGUUAGCCCAAAUGCCAACUGCCCUUGAGCCACGGUUUCAAGAAAGCCAAUGGAAGAUGCUCAUUUAUCAUUGCCUUCCUGAUGGAGGUGAUAUGGUCACACCAAAUCAGAAGGAUGAUGUGGAGAGCAGCACGGAUAGCCACCAUCCCCGUCAAUCCAUCUUUCGGAACAAGUUUGCAGUUGUUGUGAAGGCUUACUAUUCAUUAAAGAAAUCCCUUGCUAAAGAAGAAGGAGGCCUGCAGGGCGGCAUAAUAUAUAGGAUAUGGAAGGACAAGAAAAAUAAAAAAUCACUAAAGAAACUCAUCAAAUUGCUCGUCGAGGAUGACCAUUCUUGGUUCACUACUAACAAGGACGCAAAGCCCAAGGCUGUUUCUGUGGGGCCAGUGAAUAAAGAUCGUGAUUCCGGUGGCGAAAUAGGAAAGGAAGCAACCAAAUCGGGUAAGGGGGCGAAGAUUGAAGUUUACAACUCUACCCCAUUGCUUAUAGCAACUAUCAAAGGAAUUAUGCCCAUUGUGGAAGAGAUACUUAAGCAGCAUCCUCAGGCAGUCGAGCACCUUAACAACGACGAACAGAACAUUUUGCAUCUGGCCAUUCUGAACCGUCAGACAGAGAUCCUUAAUCUUAUUCAAAACAAACCAACUUUGAAGUCGAAGCUGAAUGAGAGGAUAGACAGCAAUGGAAACACCCUUUUGCACCAUGCUGCAGAUAGGAGUUACUAUUCUAUAUCGUUGUCUCAGAAAUUAAUAGGCCCUGCCAUGCAAUUGCAAGCUGAGCUGCGCUGGUUCCUGCGUGUAAAAGAGAUAGUACCGCCUCAUUACACCAUUCACCACAACGAGAAGGAUCAGACAGCGGAGGAGAUGUUCAACUAUUGGCAUGACCAACUUCUGGAGGACGCACAAAAAUGGGUAAAAGAAACGGCUCAGGCAUGCUCAACCGUGGCGGUGCUAGUGGCCACUGUAGUCUUUGCAGCUGCCUACGCCAUUCCCGGAGGUACUAAUGACCAAAGUGGCCUUCCUGUUUUUCGGGACGAUCCUCUCUUUUUGCUCUUCACCUGCAUGGACGUUGUGGCCAUCGCCUGCUCAUUAUCUUCUGUGGCAUUCUUUCUCUCGGUCCUCUCCUCCCCUCUCGAGUACCCAUAUUUCGUUGACAGCAUUCCAAAAAAGAUCUUGACAGGAUUCGUCUUGCUUUUCUUCUCCAUGGCAACCACCAUGCUCGCCUUUGCUGCCACCAUUUUGCUCUUGAUUCGUGUAGAGAAGAAAUGGACCAAGUCUCUACUUUACCCUAUUGCUUUCUUCCCGGUCCCUCUAUUCGGCCUGCUGCAGUUUCCUAUGUAUCAAACUUUCAAACUCACGUUUCAGAAAAUUCAUGCCUGGUUUUUCAAACCCUUACUCCGCUUUACUGGCAUUCCCAAGAGAAGAUCAAUAUGGGGCACUGAGUAAGGCAUAUAGAAUCACAUAAACUUUUCAUCGUAGCACACUAUGUGGUGCAGAUUCACAGGCUUGCAACAUAAGUAUUUAUUUGUUGUUA